UCUCUUCUCUCUAAUCCCUCACUACGUGUAGGGGUUUAAGGGAGCGUAAGAGAGAGAGGCAGAGAGAAACUUAGUGCUUUAAUUUGAACUUGUGGAGAGAGACAGAGAGAGAGAGAGAGAGAGAGAGAGAGUAGACCGGUUGUGGCUGAAGAUCCGAUUAGGGUACGAUUUGGAGCCCCAAUUCGAGCUAGAGGAGUGGCUUGGGAUCGGCAUUUUGGUGGAAGAGAUGAACGGGAUGCAGAGAUCUGGGGCGGCGGUUCACCACCACAGGCAGCUCUCCAACAACUUCCUCGAUGGUGCCUCCUCCAAUGGCCGAUGGCUUCAGUCCACCGGUCUCCAGCACUUGCAGUCUUCGUCUGGAAAUGAUUAUGGAUACUAUGGCGGUCACCAAGCAACAAGAGGAUACAGUAACGGCCAGAGGGGGUUUAAUGGUGGGAAUGAGUUCUAUGGGGAACCCACUACCCCUCAGUAUAGUUCACGGCCAUCAAGCCAGAGAAAGAACACAGAUGAAUCUGAGUUUAGUCCAGGGCUCUUAGAUCUCCAUUCUUUUGAUACUGAGCUUCUUCCCGAGAUUCCUGUCUCUAGCCAAUUAGAUGGUCCCUCCAUUUUCAAUCCCAAUCGAGGCUGUUGCUUUGAUGACUCUGAAAACUACAACAGACAGCCUGGCAGGAGCAGUGGGUUGGCAGAAAAUUUUGCUGUCGAGAAAGAAAGGAUGAAUUCUGUUGCAAAGAUUAAAGUUGUUGUACGUAAGAGGCCACUUAACAAAAAGGAAUCAGUGAAGAAUGAGGAAGACAUCGUUGAAACAAAUUCAAAUACUUUAGCAGUUUAUGAGACUAAACUUAAGGUUGACUUAACAUCUUAUGUUGAAAAGCAUCAAUUCGUUUUUGAUUCCGUGCUAAAUGAGGAGGUCUCAAAUGAUGAGGUUUAUCAUGAGACUGUUGAGCCUAUAGUCCCUCUCAUUUUUCAGCAUACCAAAGCCACGUGCUUUGCAUAUGGGCAGACGGGUAGUGGUAAAACCUAUACUAUGAAACCGUUACCUCUUAAAGCUUCAAGGGACAUACUAAGGUUAAUGCACCACACAUACAGGAACCAAGGGUUACAGUUGUUUGUCAGCUUCUUUGAGAUAUAUGGUGGAAAGUUAUUUGAUCUCCUUAGCGACAGGAAGAAGCUGUGCAUGAGAGAGGAUGGCAAACAGCAAGUUUGCAUUGUGGGUUUGCAAGAGUACAGAGUGUCAGAUACAGAGACGAUUAAGGAUCUUAUUGAGAAAGGAAGUGCGACAAGAAGUACCGGUACAACUGGUGCAAAUGAGGAAUCAUCUCGUUCACAUGCUAUACUUCAGCUUGCCAUAAAAAAACCAGUAGAGGGAAGCCAGUCAAAGCCUCCUCGUCUUGUUGGCAAGCUUUCCUUUAUUGAUCUAGCUGGAAGUGAACGUGGUGCAGAUACAACUGACAAUGACAAGCAAACUAGAUUGGAAGGAGCAGAGAUUAAUAAGAGCUUACUUGCCUUAAAGGAGUGCAUCAGAGCUCUAGAUAACGAUCAAAAUCACAUCCCUUUUAGAGGCAGCAAGUUAACUGAGGUUCUUAGGGACUCGUUCAUGGGAAAUUCACGCACUGUCAUGAUAUCUUGCAUAUCUCCGAGCUCUGGAUCGUGUGAGCACACCCUUAACACCUUGAGAUACGCUGACAGGGUGAAGAGUCUCUCGAAAGGAAAUAACUCGAAGAAGGACGUAUCUUCUUCAACCAUAAACCUAAGGGAGUCAACAAACGUCCCCCUGGAUUUGGCACUUCCUACCCCAUCUAACUUUGACGAUGAUGUGAAUGACACAUGGGCUGAUGAAAAUGACGAUUUUGAUGCAUCGGAUUACGAGCAAGAGAAACAAAUGUUUAAGAAAAACGGGAAGCUGGAUCCAUACUAUAACGGUCCGACACAGGACAGAAUGCAGAAACCUAACAUUCAGAUGAAGUUCAGGGACAUGCCAAAACCUGAUAUGAAGAAGACCCCCGACGAUGAUCUAAAUGCACUUCUGCAGGAAGAAGAAGAGCUUGUGAAUGCACACCGUAAACAAGUCGAAGAGACCAUGAAUAUAGUGAAGGAGGAGAUGAACUUGCUGGUUGAGGCAGACCAACCAGGGAACCAGCUGGAUGGCUACGUUUCGAGACUGAACGCCAUUCUCUCUCAGAAGGCGGCUGGUAUUCUCCAACUACAGAACCGUCUCUCCCAUUUCCAGAAACGCCUCAGGGAGCACAAUGUGCUGGUCUCUACUGCUAACUAAUGGUGUCCGAAAUCCCUGGUUCGGCUGUCUCGAGAAAAAAGGGUUUAGGUUUGGAUGGUUUGGCUACUGGUUGGAGUGACCUCUCACCGGUCUUUCCUAUCCAUUGAUCUGUUUUCCCCUUGUGAGAACCUACAGAAAAGUAUCAAAGAAGGGGAAUUUCUUAUGUAAAGGUAUGCUAUGGCUCUGCAUUUCUGAUUUCUUAUGAAGAACAGUGUGAUAUACUUCUGUGUACUUGAUCGUGUUUAUGAGUGAGCUGUGUCAGAGUCUUCAA